CACAAUUUACAAAAGAUGCGUCAAAUAAAUACCUACCCCCUCUUUUUUUCUAUAUAAAAGAAGUAUUAUUCUCUACAUCAGAACUAGUUUUGUUAAAUUAACAGGUGAAAAUUGGUGCCAUGAAAACGGUCAUCGUAUUAGUGGUGUUAGCAUUUGGUGGGCGAAGUUAUUCCCAUCCCCAAAAUUUAGGUGAUGUUACUGCUCCAGCACAAACCAUACCUGUUGAAAUACAACAAGUUCCACAGCAACAGUUCAGUUUUGGACCAAGCGAAACGACGACUGAUGCUUCAAGCUACUACGAUUAUAGUUCUUCGUUGACAACUGAAGGCAGUACUCAUUACGAACAGGAUGCCUAUCAACCAUCUUCAAGUGACUUUUACCAAUCAAGUCAGUACACUUCUCCUCCACGCUCCCGAGGUUCGGCACGCUAUGGUGUAUCCCAACAGCCACGCGAAUCUGAGUUAACCUACGUGCGCCAACAAACACAAGAUUUCACCAGACGGAGGACCGUCACACCCAGCUACCACACCGACGAAGUUCCAACAACAACCCAACAACCCUUCCGUCGAUUCCCUCAACAACAACCGAACACUAUUCACGAUGACACACAGUCAAAAUCAAACUCAAAGGACGAAGAGACAACCUCCAAACGUCGCGGAGGCCGACGCCACCCCGACGCAGACGCCUACAUCGUACGCUACAGCAACGAGAACAACGUGCAGAAGGGCUACAAAUUUGGAUACGAAACCAGCAACAACAUGAUGAGAAACGAGGAAUUGGUCUUUGAAGAUCCGGACCACGCUGAUCAGCCGACAAUCUAUGGCGGAUAUGAAUUUACCGAUCCCGCAGGCGGAAGAGUUGUCGUCACUUACACCGCUGGAAUAUUUGGAUUUAAGCCUAUCAUCAAAUAUAUUAAACCGUGAAUCAUGCAAGAAUCUUUAAAGUUCAGUUGAAAAUUUACUAUUUAUAUAUCAAUUUGCAUAAAUGAAGUAACUGUAACUUAUGGUAAGUAGCUAAAUUGAUUAUAGGCUGAAUGUGAUUAAGAAAUUGGAAAUAUUAGUAUUAAAUAUAUGCAUAAUUAGUC